AUGGAGCGCUCCCUCUACUACACGCCGCAGCUCUUGUGGCUGCAGGUGAUGGACCGAAUGCCGUACGAGUUCACUCACUACUUUGUGUCCUCCCCCCCACCCCACCACGAGGCGAUGCUGAGUGGAAUUCGUGAACAGUACGGCCGCCCAUACUCUGCAGCGAAGCCGUUCGAUGUCGAGCUUCUGGGCCGCUUGUGGAACGGCCAUAGCAGGGUGAUGUUUGCGACGGACAACCUGGUCUUCUCGGCAGUGGAUCACUCGGUGAGUGAUCGGUGGAAGGAGAUGGGCUUUCAAGGAACUGACCCCUCAACGGACUUUCGUGGAGCCGGCAUUUUCGGUCUCGCACAACUUGUGUACCUCGUGGAACACCACCCUGAGGAGUGGAGCGCGAUCCUGACUCCAGACUUCAUGGCCGCCGCUGCGGGGCUGAACGUGACGAUGCGCCUCGCGACAAUGCUUGGUAUCAACUCGUCCCUGAACCAGCUCAGCAGCUCGGUUCUCUCUAAAUAUUCCGCGCGCGAGGCGCGUCUGCAGUUGUGCCGCUUCAUCUUCGAUCCGAGCGUCGAUGUUGCCACUCAGCGACUCAGCGAGGUCUACUGCUUUGCCAUGCGUCUUCUGCAUUAUCGAUGGAUGCGCUCGACGCGCAACAUCAUGGAGUUCAAUCAGCAGCUUAGCAGUAUGUACACGGAGCUGGACCGGCUGCUGUUUCUGUGUAAUACACUAGAGGAACUGUGCAGCCUCCUGUGA